GUGACGUAGCAACGGGCCCGCGACGCUGCGGCCCUGCUGCAGCUGAGGGCGAUGGACGGAGGUUAACAAUGCUGCUUGAUGUGCUGAAUUCUUCCAGCAAUUUGUUCUUUACUCCAGAUUACAACAUCUGCAGUCUCCAUAUCCUUCUCCUUGGUGAAUGCAAAUGAGAAGGGUUCAUUUAGGAAAUGGCAUCUGAUUUCAAGUAUUUUCUAUAACUCAACAAGUGAAAGGGUUUGGAACUCUGCCUGGUAGGAUGGUGACGACUGAAGACUUCACCAAAUUUAAAUAGUAUUGAGUAACAGGCAAAUGCAGAGGAGAUUCUGGCUGAGCUGACAGAAGCAAACAUAGCUCAGCAUAACGUGACCAUUGUUUAACAAAUAUUCACCAAAUGCCCCAAAACAACGUUGGCAUGGAGCAGGCUGCUCAGGUUCCCACACAAGGUUCCCCGCACAAAACUGGCAUUUUUGAAAAAGAUGGUGAAUUUACUAUGGAGCGGAAAAAGAAGAGAAAAAAGGAGCCAAGGCCAGAGUCAAUUAUAAUCUACCGCACUGGAAGUGAGAAGGUUGAAGAAGAUCAGCAAGAUCCAGAUUCUACAGUCAAAAGCACUGAGGAAAGGACGAACUUUCUGUGUCCUCCAGAUGUAGAAGGUAGCUGGAACUUGCCUGCUGACAGCAGAUAUGUGACCCUAACUGGCACAAUUACCCGGGGAAAGAAGAAAGGACAGAUGGUGGAUAUCCAUGUGACACUGACAGAGAAGGAGCUACAGGAACUAGCCAAGUCCAAGGAGACCCCACAACAGCAGGAAGACAGGAAGAAACAACCAUGUCAGAUUGGACUUUACUGUGGUCCUCAUGUUGUCUUCUGGAGUCUGCUAUGUACUCCAGUGGUCUUUCUGUUGUCUUUUGUCGUCUCUUUUUACUACGGAACCAUCACCUGGUAUAACAUUUUCUUGGUUUACAAUGAAGAACGUACCUUCUGGCAUAAAAUUACAGUUUGCCCCUUUCUAAUUGUUUUUUAUCCAGUCCUGAUUGUGGUAAUUUCAUUGUCCAUCAGUAUAUACACAGCUGUAACACAGAUUUCCUGGUCAUUUGCUGAGUGGUGGCUGUCAGUAAGGGACUUGGAGAAAGGUUUCUGUGGCUGGCUCUCUGGAAAACUUGGACUGGAGGAUUGCUCCCCAUAUAGCAUUGUGGAGCUACUGGAGUCGGACAAUGUGUCAGGUAGCCUAUCGGGAAAACCAGUACCAGCAGAACAAACCUCUGCUGUGUAACCAGGAAAAAGCUGCCCAAGAUUAUUUGAGGAAACAAAGUGAAUGCUGUAUAAUCUCUUCAUUUCUGACUUUCCUUGAAAUUAUCUUUAGAAUACAUGCAUGUAACUAAUACUUGUUUUAAAAUUUGAUCUAUUUAUACAUUUACAAGAUUCAUCUUGUUGAACCACAGUGAGCCCAGUACCUGUAUGUAAUUUCCCUCUUAUAAGAUCAGUGAAACAACCUUAUCUCCCCCAUUCACAACUGCACCUUUCUGAGCAGUAGCUCCUUCACAGUGGCAGGAAGAUACAAAUGAUGGUUCGAGUCAGAUUGAAAAUACUAGGCAUUGAACACUAUUUAUUUAUUUAUUUAAACAUUGAUAGCCUGUAUGAUAAGCUGGGUGCCUACUUUUUUUUAAUAUAGUUUAGGGUAUCUUUUGUACUCACUCUUAAAGUAAAAUUUAAAUGAGCGAUGUUUACUGUAUAAUUCAUAAAAUCUUCUGUCGAUGUUGCAUUAAAGAUGCACAUCUGUGUGUUUGGUACAUGCUCUAAAGGAGACUGAACACCUGUUUUAUUUUGUGUUGAGCUACAUAUAUCAGCAAAAUGAAAAUGGAUGUGUCUAGUAAUAGAUUUUGUAUGAUUUUUCCAAAUGUAAAAGGUAAGCAAUUGCCAUAUCAUUCAUAUACAACCUCAAAGCUGUCAACAUUCACACUUUGGCUUUAAGCAUUUUGGAUCGUUUUUAUACAUUAAAAGCAUUAUAUAUGUAUCAACUUUAAUUCUAUUCAUGUCAUUGCAUAAUCAUGGAACAAAGAUAACAGCAAGUACAUAGAACCCUCAUCCAUACACUGAAAACUUGAUUUGUAUAUAAUUUGAUAAUAUAUCAGAGAAAUUAAAGUUUAGCAUUGUUACCUUUCACCGUACAAGUUGAGUGAUUUUGUAAUGAUAUGUUACUUAUUGCUUGCUAACUUACAGAAACAUGGAAACAGGUGG